UUACUUCUUGUAACUGACUACUGUACUGAAGUAGGCAAUUACUAUACAAGUGAAGAAUCCCUGCCACUAACUGAUCAGCUGAAUCACCACUUUUUCAAGCAACGUUUCUGUUAACGUCCAUUUAGGAGGUUAAAUUGAUAAUAGCUGCAGUCUCGCCACCAAACAUAUUAAGAUCUUCAAUCACAAAAGGAAAGUAUGGGCCAGUAUAAGGGUCCCUCCUUCACCUAUCAUUGGAGGGGCAAAAUAAUGAAAUACUGUACAUGUAUCAUGUUACUCGUUUCCUGCUGGAAACUAUAAAUUCUUCAUGAUGGACACCGAUGAUUAAAUGAUGAGAUGCACACUCGUCAAGACAAACGCAUGCGUCAUAACACGUCAUCUUCACGAUACCUGCUAACACAUCAGCAACACACUCGGGCUAAGCUGACGUUAUCAAGAAUCUUCCCACAAGACCCAUUCUCAGGCACAUAACCAUGGCAGAGGCUGCAGAAACCCUACAGGAAAUACAGGUCAUGCCAGAAGAAACACCUGAAGAAAUGCCUACAGAUAACCCACAAGAACCAUCACAGGAACUACGAGACAAGCCCAAGGCCUCAGGAGGAGGUGGUGGUGGACUGUUUCACCUGAUGAAGAAACUGACAGGCACAGAGAGCAAGUCUAAGAGCAAAGGGGAAGCAAACGGACAAUCUGACAAGUAUGCCCAGAAGAUGCUUGAAAAGGCUCAGGCAAAGAAGAAGAAGCAGCAAGAGAGAGCAGAGAAGGCAGCACAGGCCCUUGACCAUGGGAGGUUGGGAGAACAUCUUGCAAUAAGAGCCAAAUGGACAUACAAACAAGCCAUCUUCUUCCAAGUUGGCUUUCUUCAACUGUAAUUUUCAUUCCUGUUGCCAACAUUCUAUAUACUGUAAGUGCACUUACUUCCACAAAAGUUUUAUCUCACGGUAUGUAAGAAAAGGAGGUUUUUGCAGUGUUUGAAGUUGAAGGUUGAAUUUGUGGCAUCAUGAUUUUAAGUCAAAGGGACAAUAAGAAAACUGCAAAAAUAAAACUACCGCAUUCACAAUUUACAGUAUGUGCUAUGCGUAGCCUGGGAUCCAGCCUUAAUAGUUUUAGUCCACUCCCCAAGAUUUGCUGCCCUGCAGGGUAGCUAACAAGGCUGGACCUGAGGCUAAUUCAAGCACUGUUCUAUGACUCUCUCACUCAUCUUGGCACUCAAAUCAACAUUCUAUUUCUGAACAAGCAUAGAGUAUCUGGAUUCUGUUAUUUUAGUAACAUGGAUCCUUGAUAGAUGUUUUUCAUUACCCAUAUUUCAAUCAAGUAUGCAUGGCCAACAUUGUUCUCAUUUUAAGCUUUCCUGGCUAGUUGUUUAAUGUGGCUGGAACACAAGCAUCAUAAAAAACUAGACCUCAAAAUGAAUGUUAAAAGUAUGAAAGCAACUC